CAGACCCUACUUCACCCUAGACUCUAGUGGCCUACCUUACGUACAAAAGGUAAUUUAAAAUCGCAAGCUCAUCAAGCCUGCCACGGAUUCCAAAUCCUUUUUUAACUUUUCUCAGGUACGCUGGGUGGGAUCCGACUUUAUUUCGCUCCUUUGCUCACCGCUGUCUCUCAUUAUCUAUUUUCUUUCUUCUUCUCGUCCCUUCGAGUCGCCUCAUUGCAAUUUAAAGAGUCACGUCGCUUAGAUAUUCUCAAAACUCAGAGCUCAGGGUUUUGCUUUGUUGCAUUAUUUUGCUAUAAAUGGCCAUGGAUUAUAAACAUGAGCUGCAAAUGGAAGAGAUGCAAAAAAUGGAUAAACAGCUAGCUGAGGAUAUUGAGGCGGCUGCAGAUGCGCUUCGUUCACCUUCGUCUUCUGCUGCAGAGCUUCUUCCGCUCCUUGAUAAACUUGAGGAUCUUUUAAUGAGAGUGAAGCAGUCACCAUCUAAACCCGUGCAAAGGGCACUGAACCCUGUAAUGAAGGCGUUGACAAGCAAUGAACUUUUUAACCAUUUGGAUACGGAUGUGAAAGUUUCUGUUGCAUCAUCCAUCUGCGAGAUUAUGAAAAUAACAGCACCGGAUUCUCCUUUCGGUGAUGAACAGCUGAAGGAAGUCUUUAAGCUGAUAGUAGCUGCGUUCGAUAAUAUAUCUGAUAUCUCAAGCCGUUCAUACCUUAAAAGAGUUUCCAUCCUUCAAAACUUUGUAAGGAUCAGGUUAUGGGUUCUGCUGCUGGACCUUGGAUGUGGUUCCUUGAUUUUGGAGAUGUUCAAUCAUUUUCUAAGAAACAUUAGGGAAUCUCAUCCUGAGGUUGUCUUUAUGUAUAUGGGCUUCAUUAUGAUCAUGGUGUUGGGGGAAAUUGAAGUGAUUCCAUCAGAGCUUCUGUCCUCACUUUUGGACAGUGUGAGAAAUGGAAACAAGCAUGUUCUGCCUAUUGCUCGAAGGUUGAGUGAGAGAGUAAUUGAAAAUUGUGCUUCAAAGCUAGAACUUUACAUGCACCAAGCAGUGCAGCAUACAGGCCUUCCUGUAGACAAUUAUGCUAAAAUCGUUGCGCAUAUAUGCGAUGGAAAAUCUGAGCCUGUGCAGCAAAAUUCUCGAUACAACAACACUGGUAGACAUGUGACUUGUUUAGCUCCAGAUACUAUGCAAUUUGGUGAGGAUUUGAUUGGUUCCAGGAUCAGAGUCCUUUGUUCAAAAGAACAUAUCGCCUAUGAAGGUGCUAUAGUUCCUUAUGAUCCCAAGAAGAAUGAUAUGUUGACAAUGAUGAAUGUUCAGGGCAAUGAUCGUGAUGAAAAAAUACUGCUUCUCGAAAACAAAGAGUCUGAGUUUGAUUAUGAAGAUCCUGCGUAUAUGGGGAAGUUAACUAAUGUUCCAAUUCUUGAUACUUUUUGUGAUAAACAUCAAAACAAGAAACCAAAACUCAAUUCUAAUUCCCUAACUGAGGAAAUGAUGGGAGAAGGGACCUCAACGAAAUCUGUUAGUUGCCACCCAAAGGAUGGUGAAAACAUCUUCAACUGGAAAGCUAAAACAUCAACAGAUGCUGAAAACAUGAGAAGUGAAAGUGCUGUUGAGUCAAAUGAUGGAAGUUAUCAAAGUUGCUGUGAAUCAAAACAGUCUGCUGCCGAUUUUGCCAGGCCAUGUAUGAAGCUCAAGAUAAAAAUGAGAGUUUAAGCAUCUUCCAAGGGGAACUAACACUGAAAGUUCUAGUUCCUGGAAAGUUGAAGAAAUCACCGAGAUGGGGAAAUCGUCAGACUAAAUGGUCUCACAAAUCCAGGCCAUGAAGUGGAAAACUGCAGCCAAGGGUUAGUGACCAACUAAUUGAAUGUAAUGCCAAUCUUAAAGUAAAUUUGUAUAUCCUAUUUAGUUGGAUCAACUUUGAUGCUUAAAGUCCAAGCUUGUUUGGAGCCCAUAUGAACUUCUAGAUAGGCUUAAACUUAUCAGGCUUUUGGCCCAGUGAUUUUAGAGCAUUAACAACUCAUUACAACUCUCAUGU